AAAAGGCACUGAAUAGCACUGUUCUCAACGCACAUCUUUUGUCUUCCUGUGAAAAAAGGACACGUGAAACCAAAGAGAUAAUGGACGCUGGAGAUGAAGUUUUCUCUAACGUUAUACAAUAAUAGGACUUGAGAAGAUUAGAUAUGGAGAGACUUUCAAAGAUGACUUUCGAGAUCUUGCAGGAGAGAUUGAAUUGGAAACUGCAUGCAUGGCAGAGUUAUGUGCUUUGACGUUGAAACAGACACUGACAAAUAUGGAAAAAAGAACAGGAAGAGUUGGUGGUCAAGUGAAUUAAUAGACCUCAAUUACAACUUCAAACAUAAUUAUAAAGCCAAACUAUGUAACUAAAACAGAGGAUUCAGCAGGUAUGAGUCCUAAACAUGACCAUGAUUACUGGGAGAGAUGGGUAAGAGAAAAAAUGGAAAAUCUUUAAUUGAAGAAUUAAUGAUGUUACAGAGAGAGGGCCCAUGUUCUCAAUAGGAAGGCCAAAAUGGAAGUGUAUGCCAAUGGGUUUGGCUCCCGCCAUGUCCUUUUCUCACAUACACAUACCCCAAAACACCCGUGGCUUGUCCUUUACCUCCACACUCCACAUUACCUCUCUCUCUCUCUCUCUCUCUCUCUCUCUCUCUCUCUCAACUAUCGUCAUAAAUACCCCCAUAGCCUUCCUCUAUCCUCCCGUCACCUCCACUACUACAUUUUCUCUUUUUCUCGUAUCUCCCCGUCCUCAGCAUCAGCUUCUUACCAUUCUCUACCUCUUCUUUGCUUCAAUGGCCAUCAGGAAAUCCAACAAACUAGCUCAAACAGCAGUCCUCAAGCAAAUUCUCAAGAGAUGUUCAAGCUUAGGCAAGAAGCAUGGCUAUGAUGAUGAUGGCCUCCCUCUUGACGUACCUAAAGGACAUUUUGCUGUUUAUGUUGGUGAAAACAGAAGUAGAUACAUAGUUCCUAUCUCCUUCUUGACUCACCCAGAAUUCCAAUGCCUGCUUCGACAAGCUGAAGAAGAGUUUGGAUUUGAUCACGAUAUGGGACUUACCAUUCCCUGUGAGGAGGUUGUUUUUCGCUCGCUAACAUCAUCACUCAGAUGAGUGUUUUAACAAAGGGUGAGGGUAAUGGUGAUGGUGCUUUCUUGUUUUGCAUGGAGAAGAUGGCUCGCCAUAAGAUGAAGCCACAGGAUGAUUGCACUAGCUAUAGCUGCAGGCCUUGUCUUUUUUUCAACAUCUUCUCUAUUUUGAUUCUUGAUCUUGGUUUUUUUUUUUUUCUUUUUUUUUUUUUCAAUUUGUAUUGGAUCUUUUAAACCCUGUUGGGUUUUUAUGUCUAAUUACUAACCUAGAAACCCACCAAAAAUAUUAUGGGUUUAGAUUCGUAUAAAGUUUGGUUUUCCUCACAGAUGUAGUUUGUUAACAGGCCACUGUGAGAGAAUUUUAAAAGCAAUGCAAGGGUUAAUUCUGUCCCUCUCUUUCUUUCUA